GGGAGUUUUAGAUAAAGAUGUCAAGUGGGUUUGUGAUCAAAUAUUUCUUCAGUUAGUUUUUUGGGGGAUUCUUCCAGGAAACAUCUUCUUUACAUGUUUUGCCCCCUUGAUGGCAUACCAUUCAGCCCUUUGUGACAUUUUGGUAGAUGAAGCUCAGCUGGAGCAAUUCGCACUUGUGGCAAAGGAUUCGGCCUUCCGGCAUGGACUCCUCAUGAGAACCAAAGAAGAUCCCAACUCACCAGAGGUCUUAAGCUACGCUCCAUUCACACUCUUUCCAUCCCCAAUCCCUAAAUCCAUCUAUGAACAGGCCAAGCUUUUACAAAGAGACUUUAAUCUGUUGGUGGACAAGAUUACUCAAGACAGCAAGUUUCUGGAACAAGCUCUUGCCAGCAUAAUUAAAGUGGAUCAUUUUAUAGCACGACUGUUCGAGAUUUACAGAAAGACUCUCCAGAAGGGCAUCUCUUCGCCAAUCACUAUAGGUCUGAUUCGGUCAGAUUACAUGUUCCUAUGUGGAGAAGAGGGUGUCACAUCAUUAAAGCAGAUUGAGUUCAACACAAUAUCCGUUGGUGGUGGAGGGCUGGCAUCUCAAGUACCAGCAGUGCACAGGCACAUAUUGAAAGUGGCUGGCAUACAUAAUGUAAAUAUCAUGGACAAUAACUGCAUUGCCAUCUUGGCAGGUGCGAUUGAAAAAGCAUGGAGCUUGUAUGGUUCACAAGGGUCAAUCAUUAUGUUUCUGGUAGAAGACAGCCAGAUGAAUAUAUACGACCAGCGGCUCAUAGAAAAUGAACUCUGGAGCAGGAAUAUUCCAGUUAUUCGGAGGAGGUUUGAGGACAUCAGUAAGAGAGGACACUUGGAUGAGGAGAAGAGGCUUUUUAUAGAUGGGCAAGAAGUUGGACUGGUUUACUAUCGUUACGGGUAUUUGCCACAGCAAUACAUAGAGAAGGACUGGGAGGCCCUGCUGAUGAUGGAGCAGUCCCGUGCAGUAAAGUGUCCAAAUAUUGGCGCUCAUCUAGCAGGAAUAAAGAAGGUUCAACAGGAGUUAGCACGGCCAGGAGUUCUUGAGCACUUCUUUCCUGGGGACCCAGAAGCUGUUUCUCGCAUCAGAUCAGUCUUUGCUGGACUCUACUCUUUGGAUUUGGGUAAUGAGGGUGACCAAGCACUAGACAUGGCUUUUGCUGACCCUGAUCAAUUUGUGCUGAAGCCACAACGUGAAGGUGGAGGUAACAACAUCUAUGGUGACGACAUCUGCCAUGUGCUGAGUAAAGUCGAACAGAGUUUGGAAAGAACUGCCUUCAUUCUUAUGGAGAAAAUCCGACCACAACCAGUCAGAAACUGCAUUCUGAGGAGGGGGACCCUGCUGAAAAUACAGCCCUGCAUCAAUGAGCUGGGGAUGUUUGGGGUCUAUGUGAGGCAUGGCACAGAGAUGACUCUAAAUGAGUUUGCUGGGCACCUCCUACGAACCAAAAACAGUGAACACAACGAUGGGGGUCUGAUGGCUGGGGUGGCCGCAUUGGAUAGCCCUUACCUUGUCUAGAAAACAGCAGUUUAAAGUUCUGGAAGGAAUAUUUAAACUAUAAACACUGACACAAUAUACAUUUACAGGUAGCUUUUUUCCCCAAAAGCUGUUUAGAAGGAAACAAAUGUUCAUUGAGGAGAGAAGAAAAAUUAAGAAGAGUAAGAACUUGUUAUGUGUUAGACAAUGGCGCUUUUAAACAUCCUUAUUUGUAUUACAAAUGAGAUUUAUUGAUACAAUAUAAUGAGUAAAACAAAAAUAAAUGCUUUUAAGCUAAUAUUUAAUUGGAGUUUCAUGAGAGUCAACCAUCCAACAUGCCUUUUCUUCUCUGUAACAUUUGGGAUAUAAUAAAAAUAAGGAGGAGGCCUAAUAAAGUUUCUUAAAAGCAACAGUCGUGUCUUCUAUAUUUCUGAUGGCAUAGGAUAGUAGGUAAUUGUAGCAAUUGGAGACAAUUCAGCUAGCAGUCUGGCAAAUGAGCCUGAUGGAUUCUUUUUGUUUGUCCAACGUCUUAUUUUAUUUUUUACUGGUGAGCCUCUGUACUCUGAGGCUGAACUUUCUGGUUUAAUACAGUUUACUUAUAUUCUGUUAACAAGCAAGACAUAUUCUCAUACCAACUCAGUCCAAGACCUGUGUUAUUGCGGAUCCUUACAGCAUCAAGCAAAAGGCAGGAACCAACACUAAACAAGGUACAAUGCAGGGCCCACUCCCAAUCUGGAGCCACCAAAGCAACCUAACUUGUGCACUGUUGGAGUUAUAAGAGGAAAACCACACAGACACAGAGAGAAUUUGUAAAUGUAACCGGAUUCUGUUCUCUCAGGCAGGCCCCCUUCAGUGCAGGCUCCCAGGACAUGAUUUAGGCCCAAACCCCAAAUAACCGAAACACUUAUUUGGAAUAUGAGACAAAACCAGAAUGCCAGAGCAGAAACCCAUGUAGACACUGAGAGAAAAUGUAAAAUACAUACAGGUGGUUUCAUGGGCUCGGAUUUGAACCCAGGACUCUGGAGGUGUGAGGUGGCAACAAUAGCCAUUGCUCUAUCUGAAGUAUAAUGUCUUUUUGUACAAUUUGGAAUCUGCACACAGUAUUAGAGUGACAUUGAUUUUGGUUUGUUCAAACUGCAUAUACUUUAUCCUAAUAUUUGUCUGGUUAAUUCUUCAUCACAGUCACCUUGGUGGUUCACAUACCCAUCUUAACAUCCAAACAAAAAUAUCCACAAAAAUGUUGAUUGAAUAUGAACUGUGGUUUCAAAAUCUGAACGUUACCCAGAAAAUGUCAUUUUGCAGAGUUUUUCCUUUGUUGUGAAUGUGUUUCUUGGUACGUUCCCAUAUUCAAUAUUUGUCAAUGCCCAGUGACUGACUGACAUUCUGUCUGGAGGGGAUUGCUACAUUUUACUGUCACAAUUCCAUGUUUUCUUUUUAUGUAUCAGUUUACUUUUGUUUCAGGUUGCUGAAUAAUUGUAUUGUUAUGCCAGUGACAUCACCAUGCCACCAGUCUGGACUUUUGCUGUUUUUGCAGCUGUGGUGGUAUUGUUUACUGUUGCUGGGCAGGGUUACCAGUCAUGUACAUCUGACGUCAUGGUACUGUGCACAUAAAACAUGGUGGUUUGGCACCCUAGUUUUGACCCAAAAACAUUUACUAUUUGAUUUCUUUCUUUUGAAUAAUAAAGGUCUUAAAGUAUUAGGCCAUUGUUUCCAAUUUUGAUAUUUUUGCCUACAGUUUGUUGUUUUGCACGUUAGGUUUUGGUAUUAUGUUAGCUUGAGCUGCUGUCUGUCCACAACCACAUCUUAACUUUUCCCUUUGUUGAUUUUUCUUCUCCUGGUAAUUCUUUCCGAUUUUAAAAAUUGUGCACCUUCAGUUCACAGGAUCACAAUAUUUAAUGCCAGGAGAGGCUCUGGGCCCUGUGACCAUGGACUAGAUUAGGCAGGUUCAAUAAUGCAUGGAUACAUGUUACUGUUGGUACCCAUCAGUUUAUUUCAAAAUAUUUCAGCCCAUUUCAAAACAGAAAACAAACUAGCAUGCUGGAAAAAAUGAAAGUGAAUGUACAUACAUACUGAUACUGAUGCUCUGUGUAAGAAAG